AUGUUGAGGCAUUUUCAGCGCGAUGUGCGUGGUGGAAGCUCCUCCCGACGCAAACUUCCGCGCUCUGUUGUCGGUGAGCGCUCUGAGGAGGGUAGCGGUACGUCGAAGGACCCUUUUGUACUUUCCCUGCGAGAGAUCCCGAAUAGGAGUGGAUGUUACCACUGCGUUGAGGAUUGCUGUGAAUGCCUCUGGAUAACGGAGCUGUUGGCAGUUUGUUAUGGGUCUUUGCCAACAAGAAGGCAAGUGAUGACGUAUCGGAAGAGGGAACGGUGCGCCAAGUCUAUUCUUCCUCCGUUUGUUGCCCGAAUCGUGAGAGUUGCGAAGAUCUCCUCGCAGGACACGUUCUACGAUUUGGGCUGUGGAAAUGGAAGUGUUCUCUUUCAGGUUGCGUUGCUGACGGGGGCUCGUUGCGUUGGUGUGGAGAUUAAUGAGCGAAAUGCAACUGUUGCGCAGGAUGCAUGGCGCCGUCUUCGGCCAAUGAUUGAGGCGCGACGCGGGGAGCCGGUGGAGGUUGAAAUUAUUUGCGCGGAUUUUUGUUCCCUCAUGCGGGAUGAGAAGUUCUUUGGGUCAUCUCCAGUGAUUUGGGCGGCCAACCUCCUCAUGCCGGGGCCUGUGAACCACUACCUCUCCGAGCGAUUUCGUCUGCUCCCGAAGGGAAGUCGUGUGCUGUGUUUAGAGGACCUGUACCCGCAUGGCAGGUCGGUGGCGAAGUUCCGGGAUCCGGAUGCAUUCGAGAUGUUUGCCAUGACGGACUUUAAGUGGCAGACGAAGAGUGUGGAAUGGUGUGACACGGAGGGUCCUUUUUCCAUGUACACGAAACGCACGUGA